AUUCAGUAUAGCCUCUAUUUUGAAAUACAAGACAACAACAAAGGAAGUGAUACAUGUCAGGGUCACGUUGCCAAUUUUGAAUUCUCGUCUGAAAGGAAGAAAGGCUAAGAUGAAUAGACAUACAGUUUCCACUUCCUCGAACAAACUGACUUAUGUGCCUGAACUCUCCGACGACGACAGCUCAGGAAAAGAGAACUGUUCUGGAAGGGGAGGAGGCCGUCCAAAUCUAUAUGUAAAAGACUCAAGUGACGAAGAGUUUGAUAAAAUUUUGGAUAAACUAAAUACAAGAAGAACUGUUCCCAAAAAUGGCCAGUCUGCCAAGAAAAUCAGUCAACGCAUUUCAAAUCCAGGUAGUGAUGACAGCUUUGAGUCAUUACUAAACCGGCUCAAGACUCCUAAGUCCGUACCAAGAAAAGGAUCUGUCAGUAGACACGAUGGUUUGAAAAAAAUCCUUGUGAACUUGUCUUCUGAUGAAGACUCUAUCCUUGAAACCAAGAAACCACUUGCCUCCCAAGCCAUCUCCAAGUCAAAGCUCAAGCCUCUUCAAGUCUCACAGCAAUGUGAUUCUCCAGCCUUUCUUAGUGAUGAUGAUGAUGCUGGCAAUGAAAUCCCCAUCACAAACACCAUCAAGACUACCUACGUACAUCCCAUCCCAAAGGGGAGUCGUGAUACUCCUGUUCUGUCAGUCAUGACUCCCAUCCCAUCAUCUGCCCCUCUGAAGAAGAGCGUUUCUAGGCAAACAGUUCUGAGUUCAGACAGUGAUGGAAGCUUUGAGGAGUUUUUAAACCGGGUGAAGACGCCUAAGGCUCAACUUAGAAAAGGGUCCAUCAGUGGAAGCGACGAUAGCUUGAAAAAAUUCAUUGUGGAUUCCUCAGAUGAUGACUUUGUCUUUGAGCCGAAGAAAACCCCAUUUACCAAAGGUAGCACCAAGUCCAAACUUCCUGAGGCUUCACCACAAGUUGAGAGGCGACCCCUGUCAAACUAUGACUCCCCUGUCUUCCUCAGCGAUGAUGAUGAUGAUAAUGAUGGAGCCGCCAUCAAAAGCACUUGGAGGACCCGUCACACCAAGCCUACAUCAAUGACUCCUCGCUCAUGUGCAGCUCCUGUCCCAUCCUCUGCUCCUCCAAAGUCCAGUCUGACCAAACUGAGUGGCUGGAUCAGCUCAGAUGAGGAUGAGGUUGAGUCUCUGAUGGACCGCCUCAAGAAGAACCUAAGGCUAAAUAGUGACCGUGCGCAAACUCCUAAGAAUAAGCCAGAGCCUAAAAAGAAACCCUGCCUGUCCGAUUCUGCUGUGAAGGGAAUAAUCCAACCGACCUCCAGACCUGUGAAGGGAGCUGAGGGUAACAACACGCCCGUGCAAACACCAACCUUCAGACCUGUCAGCCAGACUGAGCCCAGAGCCAGAAAUGGAAGCAGGCUUCCUGCAUGUAAAGUCCCAGGCUGUUUCCUGCAGUCACUGUCAGACCCCACGUCUGCUUACUGCCGCAAUUUCAAACAGAGCAAGGAAGAACUUACCAGCAAACUGUAUCGUCUGUACAACACCAGUGUUUUUGAGAGCAAGCUCCCAGCCGACAUGUCUGUCACAUGGUGCAAUAAGAUGAGGAAGACCGCAGGAUUCUGCAUCACAGGCCAGGAGCGUGGCACGGGCCUACGCUACGCACGCAUAAGACUGUCUGUCAAAGUCUGUGACUCUGCAGACCGUCUGAGAGACACGCUGGUCCAUGAAAUGUGCCACGCCGCCCCCUGGCUUAUUCACAACAUACGGGACGGUCACGGGCCCAUCUGGAAAAUGUUCGCCCAAAAAGCCAGGCUGGCACAUCCCGAGCUGCCCAUGGUCAGCCGCUGCCACAGUUAUGACAUCAAGUACAAGUUCCAGUACCAGUGCAGUCGGUGCAAGAAUACCAUCGGACGGCACUCCAAGUCACUGGACGUCCAGAGGUUCGUGUGCGCUCUCUGCACGGGGCCGCUAGUGCUGAUCACUCCCUCAAAUUCCCGCGCACCCACGCCCUUCGCCAUCUUUGUGAAAGAAAACUUCAAGACCGUCCGACAGCAGCUUGCUGGCCAGAGUCACGGUGAUGUCAUGCGCAAGCUCAGUGCUGACUUUUCCAGCAAGACACGUCUCAGUGAGAGCUGAGUGCCAGUAGAGGGAAACCUGGUUUGAAACGAGAGAUUUGUGACUCUUGCGUGCAUAACUGAUAAAUACCUCACUGGUACAGGAUGAAAUCAUUUGGCAGCUUCUACAAAAUCAGCCAUACAAUUUGAACAGGGAUUCAGAAAUUUUAUCUCAACUAGUGAACCAGUGGUAUAAUAUUCCUGAGUGAUUAUAACAUACCUGCUGAAAUAUGCUGG